UCCUUUUCAAAAGAUAAGGUAAGAUAACAUUUACAGUGACCAACUCACGCGCCACCUACAAUAGCGUCUGGCGAUUAAAUUGAUAAAUUCUACCUCGAACGACGAAGAUCAUUCUCCAAAGCGAUAACAGACUUUGGUGUAGAUACACCCGACUAACUUCAUUUCGUCUCUCUCUCACAGACACGUUUCUGCGAGAAGUACCAGUAUUUCUUGAAGCCCUAACUGUAAAAUCUUUCAAUGGCGAUGGCAUCUCCGUCUACACCAAGUUUUUCGGCCUCCUGCUGCUGCUCUCGGACCAAUUCGCCUCCUUUUGCUCGUUUCCCUUUUGUUUCAUUCAAUCACCGGGUGGUCCUACCCCACCCUUUAACUCGUCGACUUGCCGUCUCGUCCCGGCUCAACUCGUCCAAUGCCUCCGGCCCCGGUGGGUCCGUCUCACCUGACAACGGGGACUACGAACUCUACCACAAGUUCUCCAGGCAGCGUCGAAGGGGAGGGCCGCCGGUGUUCGUCAUGCUACCAGUAGACGCGGUGGGCCCCUCCGGGAAUUUACGAAGGCUCAAGGCCAUGCCGCAGUCGUUGAGGGCGCUCGCGGCCGCCGGAGUCGAGGGCGUUGUCAUGGAGGUCUGGUGGGGCCUGGUGGAAAGCAAAGUGCCUGGGGUUUACGAUUGGCAAGGGUACUUGGAGCUAGUGUCGCUCGCGGGGCGGUUCGGUCUGAAGGUUCGGGCUGUCAUGGCUUUUCACGAGUGCGGCACUGGCCCCGGCGAUCCUCACUGGAUUCCUCUUCCUCUAUGGGUAAUUGAAGAGAUUUAUAAAGAUCCCAAUUUAGCAUAUGCUGACAGAUUUGGAAGAAGAAACAUGGAGUGUAUUUCCCUUGGGUGUGACAAUCUUCCUGUUCUGCUAGGGCGAUCACCAAUACAAGCAUAUUCAGAUUUUAUGAGGAACUUCAGAGAAACAUUUAGACCGUUUCUUGGGGUUAUCAUUACUGGAAUUCAAGUUGGGAUGGGUCCUGCUGGUGAACUAAGAUACCCUUCGUGCCCUUCCUCGAAGCUAGUGUCAGCUUGGCGCUCACGUGAACUUGGAGAAUUUCAGUGCUAUGAUAAGUAUAUGCUUGCAUCUCUAAAAGCUUGUGCACGAGAGACUGGGAUGAAUGCAUGGGGAAAUGGGGGGCCCAGCGGUGCAGGCAACCUAAUGCAGAAUCCUGACCACACUGAGUUUUUCAGAAGCGAUGAUGGCUCUGGGAACACAACAUAUGGUAAGUUUUUUCUUGAAUGGUACUCAGGAAUGCUACUGCUGCAUGGAGAGAGGAUGUGUAGAGAAGCCGAAACCAUUUUCAGGGGUACUGGAGUUAAUACCUCAGCAAAAGUGGCUGGUAUCCACUGGCAUCAUGGGACCCAAUCCCAUCCAUCAGAGUUAACAGCUGGCUAUUACAAGACUUUGACCAGAGACGGAUAUCUACCAAUUGCUCGCAUGUUUGGUAGGUAUGAAUUUAGCAUGUGUUGCGCAUGUUUUGAAAUGCAAUAUGUGCAAGAGAAACAGAUGAACCCAAACAGUAGCCCGGAAGGUUUUCUAAGAAAGCUUCUCUUGGCCACUAGGGAUUGUGAUAUACCCUUAGAAGGUGAAAACUUUGGAGUCAGUUGGGAUGAUGAUUCGUUUCAACAGAUGCUAAAGACAUUGAAGUUUUUUCCAAAUGGUAUAGAAAAGCCCUCCUCAUUUACCUUCAUGAGGAUGGACAAAAACAUGUUUGAAUAUGGGAACUGGGUUCGUUUCACUCGUUUUGUGAGACAAAUGUCUGAUGCCAAUAUUUUUCAAGCCAAGCUAGGUUCGGGAGGUGAUACAAAUCAGUCUUCCAUGUCGUAUAAACCUGGAUUGACACUAGCAUAUUCUUAAACUAGCUUCAUCCACUUGCACCGUCAAGGCGUAAAAAAGAAUAUACUUCUACCCAUAUUUGAUGUGAGUACCUUAUACAUGAUGUUGUGAAAUGUGUAGUGAUGCCUGAUUUUUCUAAUUGAUUAUUUUCCUUGUUUUCUCUGAAAGGGCUGUUUUGCUGUAUCAUAAUACAAUUCUGCCUUCCCAGUAUUUUUGAAAUGGUGGGCUUAUUGUCAACUAAUGCUUCUUUCUACUUGACUGUGA